UAUUAACUGGUUCUGUUUAAGCUCCAAAAACCCUUAAACCCUCACUACUAAAAAGUCCCCAAUACUUGGCGCGAAAAUUAGACCCAUUUAAUUACAAACCCUAAUUUUCACAAGUACAUUUCUCAUGCAAUCUGCUUUCUACACAGCCUCCAACUCCCACCAGUUUCCUCUUCCAUGGAAAAUCCUUGAAACCCAAUUGACAGCCCAGAGACCAUUCCCCAAGAGGCUCAAAACCUGCUUCAAAGCCUCAACCUUUACCAAUUCAUUGAGAACUUCAAUUGGAUAUGAACCAGAAGAAAGCCUUGGCAAAGAACCAGGACCCGCCACGCCGGGUCAUCUUCCGGUGGUGAUUCGGAGGUCAGGUAGAGUUUCUAGGUACUUCUGGGAUGGCAGUUGUUUGCAGUUAGUUGGAGUAGAUGGCGGUGCGGCGUCGUUUAGUUUCAAUUUCGAAGAUGGGUUCCGAAAAUUGUAUAGAAUCUGUAGUUUGGCUGUUAGGGAUUUCUUUAUCCCUAAACAAGUUAGUGGAAAUUACAUGGAUUAUGUGAAAUGGAAGUUCUUGCACCGGGUUUUCAGCUCGGCACUACAGGUCCUCGCCACUCAGGCAAUGUUUCGAGCUAUUGGCAUUGGGUACUCUCGUUCACUUCCAGCAGCUGCUGCCCUUAAUUGGCUCUUGAAGGAGGGACUUGGACGGCUGAGUAGGUGCAUCUACACUGCUAGUCUAGCAUCUGCUUUUGAUACCAAUUUGAAGAGAGUUAGAUUUUCAACAUCAGUGCUAUUCAGUUUGAGCCUUGGAGUUGAGUUGUUGACCCCUGCAUUUCCGCAAUACUUCUUGGUUCUGGCAUCCUUAGCCAACAUGGCAAAACAAAUAAGCUUGGCUUGCUAUCUAGUGACUGGUUCCGCUGUUCAUCGAAGUUUUGCAAUAGCAGAUAACCUUGGUGAAGUUUCUGCCAAGGCACAGAUUCAAACAGUGUGCUUUGAUAACCUUGGCCUUUUGCUCGCUGCACUGUUAAAUAUGUUGUUCAAGAACAGCCAAAGAUUGCAAACAGCCUUGCCGUUUUUUGUAUACCCCAUUUUCUCAGUGAUUGACCUCUUUGCAAUAUAUCAAGGGCUUAAACAUGUCCAUUUACAAACAUUAACUAAGGAUAGACUUGAAAUUCUACUAAAUACUUGGAUUGAGUUAGGUUAUGUUCCUGCACCUGCAGAAGUUAGUAAAGAGGAAGGAAUUGAUUUCCUAAGGAGCAAAGAUAGAGGAUUAUGGCCUAUCAGAAUAGGGUACUUGGAUCCCAAGAAUCAGAUCCCUGAGUUGUCCAUGAUGACAAUGCGUUCUACAAGUGGUGAGGAUUAUUACUUCAUAUCCAUGGAGAUCUUCUACACAAGAAUUAGAAGAAGUAGGCGACAAGGCAUCCUUAUUUGUGUACGGGAAGGAGCCAGCACAACAGAUAUUGUCAUGGGUUUGUUACAGGCAUGCUAUAUCCGCAAAUCCCACCUUAUGAACAAGUAUAGGUGGGAGAAUUUGUUUGAUGCUGGAGAUGAAUUAGAGUCAGCUCUGAAGGAGUGGUCUAAAUUAAUUGAGGAGUGCAAGCGCCGUGCACAAGGCGAUAUGUGCCUCUUGAACAAGCAAAUGCUGAAUUUGGGUUGGGCUAUGAAAAACAUUUUAUUGAGUUCGCAAGAACAGAUUCGAUACAGUUUUGUAGAUGACUGAAGAUUCCUUUAUGUUAGAGAUUCUUGCUUUUUCCUUUCUUCAGGUGUGGUUGGUUCUCCUUCAUAGCAUGGAGAGUUUUGGGGAUUAUACAACAAAACUCAGAUGUAACUUAUUUCAUGUAUAAGUAAUUUUUGUAUUUGCAGCUGAUUUUUUAUUUUGAUUCGUGUAUUAGAUGUAGGCCGGAGGAAGAGCAAAAAAUAGAAUGAAAUUGCCUA